GGUCAUUUCCAAAAAGUUCAGAUUAUCAUCACCAGAUGGGCAAUAAAAAUACAUUUCAUUUCUGGACACAGACUUCUUCAACUGCGGUUCAUGAAAUCGUAUUUUAUUCAAGUAGUUUAUAAAGUACAGAGGGGGGGGGUCCAUGGGCACGUCUGUCGCAGGGCUAUUGUGUAACUUCAGAAUGCCGAUUUUUGGUUUCGUUGAUGGACUAGCUAGCAUGAGCUGCUGGGCUAGCCAGCUGCUUAGCAUAGUGUAGUGUGUCAUUGAUUUAGCUAUAGUCAAUGAAUUAAAAGCUUGCUAGAUCACAAAGUAAGGUGUAUUGUAGCUAAAUGACACCACGUAGACAUCGAUAGCAUGCAACAAAAGCCUUAAAACGGUGCCAGAACUCUGAAAUCUGAUGGUCCAAAAUGCCUCAAAAACUUAAGUUACACAAGAGUAGUCACUACAUUGAGCUGGGGAGUUACCAGUACUGGCCAGUUCUGGUGCCUCGGGGAAUCCGCCUGUACACAUUUGAACAGAUCCCGUUAUUCUUGAAAGAAAACCCAUACAUUACAGAUGGAUACAGAGCACACUUGACAUCAAAACUAUGUUUAAAAAGCAUCUUUGUGCUGUCCAAUGAAACAGUCAACAUAUGGACUCAUCUGUUGGGCUUCCUCCUGUUCUUCCUACUGGGGGUGAAUGACAUGUCUACAGUCCUGCCGGCUUCAGGUGCCAACAGAGAAGACUAUGUCAUCUACUGCAUAGGACUUUUCUGCUUUCAGGUGUGUAUGCUGUGUUCAGUGGGGUAUCAUCUCUUUUCCUGCCACCGCUCAGAGAAGACGUGUCACCGCUGGUUGGCGCUGGACUAUGCUGGAAUCUCUGUGGGAAUCCUGGGCUGUUACAUUCCAGGGGUCUUCUAUGCCUUUUACUGCAACAUUUUCUGGAGACAGGUGUACCUGGUGAUUGUUCUAGCGUUGAUAUUGGCCAUAUUCUUGGCUCAGAUCCACCCUCACUACCACUCUAAGGAGUGGCAACACCUGCGGACCGUCAUCUUCUGCUCUGUGGCUGGCUACGGGGUCAUCCCAGCUGUCCACUGGGUCUGGCUCAAUGGAGGCUUCAGCUCCGCUGUCGUCCAGUUGUUCCUCCCUCGUGUGAUUGUGAUGUAUUUGAUAGCUGGAGCUGCGUUCCUCUUUUACAUCUCUAAAAUCCCAGAACGCUGCUUCCCAGGUCAGCUGAACUAUCUGGGUGCCAGCCACCAGGUGUGGCAUGUCCUGGUAGUGUUUAUGUUCUACUGGUGGCACCAGACUGCUGUGUAUAUAAUGAACUUCAGACACAACCAGCCAUGCCCUCCUCUCUACACCAAUAGUGGCUAGCUGGAGCCACACAGACUAGCAUCCAGCCACCAAGCAACCACAGCCUGUACUGUAGCCACUCAAUGCAAUCAAACCAGACUACAGACCUCCUAUAUAAGCCUAUUCUACAGAUGCCCAGUCAAGACCCAUAUCCAAGAAUACCCAUGACAAUACUGUUAAACCUUGUAGAAAGCUUGAAACCAUCUCUGGUUUUAAGGUUUGCUAUUGGUGGUAUGCAAUCGUAUCUGCUUUCUGCUGAGACUUCUGUAAGGCCAGGUUAUAAGAGAUGGAAAGACAGGUCAAUCAUAGCCUGGUCGCAGGUCUGGGAAGCAAGAUGGCACAAACAGAUCUGGGACCAGGCAGGGUAAGUCACUAGACACACUGUACACAAUACAUAUACCACUACAGCUGAACAUUUUCUGUGAUUCUCCAAUUAUCUUUUCAUAUUCAAGAUUUUUUUAACCUGAUUUGUAUCUAUUAAUUUGCAUGUAAGCUACUGUUUGAAUGUUACAUGCUGUGAAAUACUUCUCUGCUGCCUUGAGCAAAUGGGACCUUCCAAAGGGUUAUGUGCAAUCUACCUACCUACUAUCCUAUGGAAAUGGAACAACAACAACAAAAAGUUAUUUUUGCUUGAGUAGUUUUAUCUGUAUUCAUCAAUACUUGAAUUGUUUGUGUGUUGUAUUAUUGCCUCUGGCACAAACUUCAUUGGGUUCUAUGGUGGGGUUGAGUAGUUAUCUUACUGUAUUUCAUUAAUGGUGGGGUUGAGUAGUUAUCUUACUGUAUUUCAUUAAUGGUGGGGUUGAGUAGUUAUCUUACUGUAUUUCAUUAAUGGUGGGGUUGAGUAGUUAUCUUACUGUUUUUCAUUAAUGGUGGGGCUGAGUAGUUAUCUUACUGUAUUUCAUUAACGGUGGGGUUGAGUAGCUAUCUUACUGUAUUUCAUUAAUGAUGGGAUUGAGUAGUUAUCUUACUGUAUUUCAUUAAUGAUGGGGUUGAGUAGUUAUCUUACUGUAUUUCAUUAAUGGUGGGGCUGAGUAGUUAUCUUACUGUAUUUCAUUAAUGGUGGAUUGAGUAGUUAUCUUACUGUAUUUCAUUAAUGGUGGGGCUGAGUAGUUAUCUUACUGUAUUUCAUUAAUGGUGGGGUUGAGUAGUUAUCUUACUGUAUUUCAUUAAUGGUGGGGUUGAGUAGUUAUCUUACUGUUUUUCAUUAAUGGUGGGGCUGAGUAGUUAUCUUACUGUAUUUCAUUAACGGUGGGGUUGAGUAGCUAUCUUACUGUAUUUCAUUAAUGAUGGGAUUGAGUAGUUAUCUUACUGUAUUUCAUUAAUGAUGGGGUUGAGUAGUUAUCUUACUGUAUUUCAUUAAUGGUGGGGCUGAGUAGUUAUCUUACUGUAUUUCAUUAAUGGUGGAUUGAGUAGUUAUCUUACUGUAUUUCAUUAAUGGUGGGGCUGAGUAGUUAUCUUACUGUAUUUCAUUAAUGGUGGGGCUGAGUAGUUAUCUUACUGUAUUUCAUUAAUGGUGGGGCUGAGUAGUUAUCUUACUGUUUUUCAUUAAUGGUGGGAUUGAGUAGUUAUCUUACUGUAUUUCAUUAAUGGUGGGGCUGAGUAGUUAUCUUACUGUAUUUAAUUAAUGGUGGGGCUGAGUAGUUAUCUUACUGUAUUUCAUUAAUGGUGGGAUUGAGUAGUUAUCUUACUGUAUUUCAUUAAUGGUGGGGCUGAGUAGUUAUCUUACUGUAUUUCAUUAAUGGUGGAUUGAGUAGUUAUCUUACUGUAUUUCAUUAAUGGUGGGGCUGAGUAGUUAUCUUACUGUAUUUCAUUAAUGGUGGGGUUGAGUAGUUAUCUUACUGUAUUUCAUUAAUGGUGGGGUUGAGUAGUUAUCUUACUGUAUUUCAUUAAUGGUGGGGCUGAGUAGUUAUCUUACUGUAUUUCAUUAAUGGUGGGGUUGAGGCGUUAUCCUACUGUAUUUCAUUAAUGGUGGGUUACUUUUAGUAUUAGUGGUCAACUGACCUCCUUCCUCUCACAAUCCACUUGAAUCUAAGGGCUGAUUCAAGAACUGUUUAGAGAAAUGUAACCAACUAAACAUAAACCCAAUAAAAUAGAUUGGGAUUAAAUUCCCCUCGCCUUAAUUUGUUAGUGUCCCUGUGUCACUCACGGGUGUGAACAACUGCAUAAGAACAAAAGUCCUAAUGGCCAGUAUUAUCGAUUGUAUAUUAUACACCACAAUAGUGUAGUACACUUGAAUUUAGGUUAGGUCAAAUUACUACCCAGUCUCUCUCUAUGCAACAAUAUACCGUACAUCUCCUGCCAUUUUAAUCCAGUUCCCAGUCAUUUAAUUAAAGGAAAUAUAUCCAGCAAUGCAAUGACAUUUUGGUCACACAUUUUUAGAUUGUCUCCAGGUGACAUACUUAGCCUCUAGUCAGAUAAGGAUGCUCUGUCAGAGUCGUGUGUAUAGGUGGCAGGGAAGUCGUGACAUGCUUAGAACAUAUCACAGCCUGUAAUGACUGGAAAUGUAGCAGACUGUUUGUUUGCCUUGUAAAUUCACUUUUGUGUUUAAGUAUGACUUGCAUUAUUUACUGUGUAAUUACUGUAUUAUUUUACCUGUCUGUCUUGUUUGUUACGUUGUUCAACAUUUGUUUUUAAUUUAUUUUGGCAUGGUUGAUGGACCUUUAGUCAGUGCCAGUAUUCAAAAGUAAAGGGGCACAUUAUUUUAAUUAUCUGUUAUAUGACAUGUUUCUCUUUGAUUACUUUCAAUAAAUAAAGAAUGCCUCAAGAAAUA